CCUCAUUACAGAGAAAACGAAACUCAAAGUUUCUCUCUAGCGCUCUGUCAUUGUGUGAGUUCAGGAAAAUGGCUGAGGCCAGUAUUUCAGUAGAUCAGGAUCAGUUCAUCUGUCCAGUGUGUCUGGAUCUCCUGAAGGAUCCGGUGACUAUCCCCUGUGGUCACAGUUUCUGUAAGGUGUGUAUUAAUGGCUGCUGGGAUCAGGAGGAUCAGAAGGGUGUCUACAGCUGUCCUCAGUGCAGAGACACUUUCACUCCAAGGCCUGUUCUACGCAGAAACAACAUGCUGGCUGAAGUGGUGGAGAAACUGAAGAAGAAGACUGAAGUCCAAGCUGCUUCUCCUGCUCACUGUUACACUGGACCUGGAGAUGUGGAGUGUGAUUUCUGCCCCGGGAGAAAACACAAAGCCAUCAAGUCCUGUUUGGUGUGUGUGGCUUCUCUUUGUGAAACUCACCUGAAACCUCAUCUUGAAAUACCUGUUUUGAAAAAACACAAGUUAGUUGAAGCUUCUGGAAAUCUACAAGAGAAGAUCUGCUCUGAACAUGAUAAAGUGCUGGAGAUCUACUGUCGUACUGACCAAAGCUUCAUCUGUUAUCUGUGUACGAUGGAUAAACACAAAAGCCACGACACCGUCUCAGUUAAAGCUUACAGAACUGAGAAAGAGAGUGAGUUAAAGGAGGAGCAGAUGAAAUUCCAGCAGAGAAUCCAGGAGAAGCAGAAGAAGGUGCAGGAGCUGAAACAGACUGUGAACACUAUAAAGCUCAGUGCACAGACAGCAGUAGAUGACAGUGAGAUGAUCUUUACUGAGAUGAUCAGCUCCAUGGAGAAAAAGCGCUCGGAGGUGACGGAGCUGAUCAGAGCUCAGGAGAAGGCUGAACUGAGUCGAGCUGAACGACUCCUGGAGCAACUGGAGCAGGAGAUUGCUGAUCUUCAGAGGAGAGUCACUGAGAUGGAGCAGCCUUCACACACACAUGAUCACAUCCACUUCCUCCAGGAAAUAAAGGCUUUAGUCUCUGGUCAUCGCUCUCCCCCAGCUAAGAGAUCAGAUUUUCAGUCAGAUCUCUGUGAGGACACUUCCAGCAUCACUGUCAAUCAACAUCUCUCAUUUGAUGGAGUGAGGAAAUCUCUCUCUGAUCUGAAAAAGAGACUGGAGGAAAUCUUCCAGGAGGAAUUCAUCGAAAUCCCUGAACAUGUUAAAGACGCUCAAAUUUUACUCUCAGAGCCAAAGAGCAGAGAAGAGUUUCUGAAAUAUUUCUGUGAUCUGACUCUGGAUCCCAACACAGUACAUUAUUACCUCAUUCUGUCUGAGAAGAACAGAGCAGUGAAGAGCAGUGAGAGAAAGCAGCGAUACUCUGAUCAUCCAGAGAGAUUUGACUCCUACAGUCAGGUGUUGAGUAAGGAGAGUGUGUGUGGACGCUGUUACUGGGAGGUGGAGUGGAGCAGUGAGAGAUAUGUGUACAUAUCAGUCUCAUAUAAAGACAUCAGCAGGAAAGGACGGGGGAAUGAGUGUUGGUUUGGACUCAACAAUCAGUCCUGGAGUCUGGAAUGUUCUUCUUCUUCUCUUUAUUUCUAUCACAACUACAUUGAGACUGAUCUCAGAGUUCCAUCAUCCUCCAGAAUAGGAGUUUAUGUGGAUCACAGUGCAGGAACUCUGUCCUUCUACAGCGUCUCUGACACCAUGAAGCUCCUCCACAGAGUCCACACCACAUUCACUCAGCCUCUAUACGCUGGAUUCUGGCUCUCCUGGAAUAUUUUGACGAAAUCAGGAUCAACUGUGAGAUUGUGUGAUCUAAAAAAAUAAUGGGCUUGUGGUGUUUUAUGUUUUUUUUUUGUUUGUUUGUUUGCUUUUUUUUAAAACCAACAUUUUAUUAAUAAAACAAUUAAUUAAAAACAUUAAAACAUUAAAUUUAGCCUCAUUCUAUGAUCAUUGGUUACAUGUAUGGUUACAAGAAAAUUAAACUGUAAGAUCUGAUCAUACUGAUAAUGAUAUAAUGAUUUCUACAGAUUUACUGAAAUUGGUGUAGCAGAAUGUCUAAAUGUACUAUAAAGUCUGUAUUUAUUGGGGUUUAUGUCUGGAAAUAUGAUCAUUUGUAAAAAAAAAAAAAUGGUAA